AGACGUUCUACGUCACCGUGACGUCAUCUGAACAAAAUCAUAAAAACCUCCAUACGCGCUUCACCUAAUUUCUGACCGGAAUUACUCGACCCGAGAUACGAAGUCGACACGGGCAAGAAUGAAGCUUCUCUAUUUGCUGUAUCUGCUCUGCCUGGCUGCUUGUGAUGCUUCCAGAGCCAGAGAUUGGGCUCAUCAUGGUGCUCCCAUGUUUGCAGACCUGACACCUCGUGAGAUGAAAGCCGUUCGGGCUUACCUACACGGAAUUACAGAAUUUGGACUCACUGAUGCCAGUAACGCAGCUCUCAAGAAAAAUAGCAUCCUGAUGAUGGAGCUACAAGUACCAAGAAAACAUGAAGCCUUGAGAGCGUUGGACCGCGGUCAGGCCAAACCCCCACGUCAGGCCCGUGUGGUCAUCCAGUUUGCAAACCAAACAAAGCCGAAUAUCACUGAGUUUAUAGUCGGACCUUUACCAUCUCCAAAGUCUCAUGAGGUGAAGAGGUUCAAAGGAGAUAGGCCUAUACCGUUUGAGUCUCGACCAAUGACUACAAUGGAGUACAGGCACCUCAAUCACAGCAUUGCUAAAAUCACAUCUAAAGCUCAUAAGCUGCUGUCUGAAACCACAGGAGGAUUUACAUUCACUAACUGCUCUGAUCGCUGUUUGUUUCUUAUCGACAUAGCCCCACGAGGGCUAGCGUCAGGUGAGAGGAGAAGCUGGAUAAUGUUGGUCAAGUUUGUAGAAGGAUAUUACAUCCAUCCAAUUGGAUUUGAGAUAUUGCUCAACCAUAAGGACUUGGAUCCAGAAAAAUGGGCUGUUGAGAAGGUGUGGUAUAACAGUAUGUUCUUUGAUAGUGUAGAGGAGUUAGUAGAAAAGUAUGAAUCCGGAGCUGUUCAGAAGGUCAGUCUACCCCGGCAUGAUGACAAUGAUCACUACUCCACUUACCUUCCACGAGGUCAAAGCAACACUCCCACUCAUAUCCACGGCGCAAAACUCGUCGAACCUCAAGGGCAUCGCUACCAUAUUGAUCACAACUUUGUUGAAUAUGCUGGAUGGUCGUUUGCCUAUAGAGUGCGCUCAUCAGCCGGACUUCAGGUCUUUGAUGUCCGUUUUAAUGGAGAAAGAAUUGCUUAUGAGAUCAGUCUGCAGGAAGCUAUUGCUUUCUAUGCCGGUGACACUCCUGCUGGCAUGCAAACCAAGUACAUUGAUGCUGGUUGGGGUAUGGGUACCUUAUCAUUUGAGCUAGCCCCUGGAAUCGACUGUCCAGAAAUUGCUACUUUUGUUGACCUUCACCAUUACUUUGACACCGACAAACCGGUGCGCUAUAGGAAUGCACUCUGUAUUUUCGAGAUGACCACAGCUUUGCCUUUGAGAAGACAUUUCAACGCAUUCAAGGGAAGUUAUAACUUCUAUGGAGGACUAGACAACACUGUGCUGGUUUUACGGACAACUUCAACUGUUUACAACUAUGAUUACAUCUGGGAUUUCGUCUUUUACCAAAAUGGGGUAAUGGAGGUAAAAGUCAGCGCCACAGGUUAUAUCCAUGCAACUUUCUUUACUCCGAAUGGACUUCAAUAUGGCCGUAAGGUGUACAAGUAUGUGCUGGGGAACCUGCAUACACAUCUUAUCAAUUACAAAGUUGACCUGGAUAUUGCCGGUCGAGAGAACAGCUUUCAGACUUUGGAUUUGAAAUAUGUAAACUUCACAAAUCCCUGGAGCCCGAAGAAUUUCAUCGUCCAAUCCAAACUGAACUGGACGGAACGCAAGACAGAGCGUUCCGCCGCCUUCCGCUAUGGCAAAAAGUUCCCCCGCUAUGUUCAUUUCUACAACCCUAAUGAGAAAAAUAAGUGGGGGCAUCAAAAGGGCUACCGUAUUCAGUUAAAUUCACAUGGCGACAGUGUCCUUCCAAGAGGUUGGCAAGAAGAAAACGGCAUCAGUUGGUCAAGAUAUCCUCUGGCUGUUACUCGUCAUAAAGACAGUGAGGCCACCAGCAGCAGUAUUUAUAACCAGAAUGACCCCUGGAAACCUGUUGUGUCAUUUGAAGACUACAUUCGCAAUGAUGAGGAUAUCGUCAACCAGGAUCUGGUUGCCUGGGUGACAGUGGGCUUCCUGCAUGUGCCUCACUCUGAAGACAUCCCCAACACGGCAACACCUGGGAACGCGGUGGGCUUCUUCCUCCGACCAUUCAACUUCUUUGAUGAAGACCCUUCGAUCGCAUCUAGAAGCACGGUCAUCGUCCGGCCCGACCCGGACGGAAAGCCCAAAGUCCAACGGUGGACACCAGAGGUUAUAGGUCAUUGUGUGACAGAUAAAAAAUUCUUUUACAAUGGCACUUAUGCAGGAGUGUAGAUGUUACCAUUGCGGUGGAAUAACUAUCCUUGUGAGAUUAGGCUAGAGACUGUCUUUGAACCGAAAGAUGAGUUUUUAAUUCAAAACACCAAAACUCCUGUACAUUUUCAAUAAGGAUCUUGGUAAAUUAAUAAAUUGAAGUACAUUUUGGGUAAAAUAUGCAUAUAAUUUGAGUGUUUUUGUACCUAUGUGUCCCUCCAUCCAUGAAAGGAAUUCCCAAAAUUCAUAGACGUUGAACCACAAUUGUGUGGGUUUUCCUUAUAUUGUACACUUUUUCACUUAGUUGCAUUUUAUCCAUAAACCUCUCUUUUCACCUUGCGCUACAUGUGGAAAAGGAUAUGGGCUGACUGUUGCUGCCACUCCAAUGAAGCAUUUCCAUGGCUGAGGCUUAGCGGUGGCAGGCAUUCAGGAUGCAGGAUGUAGCAUAUCAGCACAGCCAGUGGUAAAACCCCUGGCUCACAGCAUGGCCUACUUGCCCUCUUGGCAGGGAUGUUUUUUACUCGAAAGGCAACAAGGCUCUGAGUGCAAACAGACCGAUACCGGAUCCUUUGCGCAAACAAUCCAGGAUACCACUUGCUUCCAUGGUAACCAAACUAUACAGUUUGUAAUGUUGCAAAAUAUACACGUUCCUGACAUAAUAAUAUUAAUUCAAGCAGGAGAUGGUGAAAUAAAUAUAAUUAUUGUAAUCAUUUCAUUAUUUUUUUUUUGUAUUCAUUAAAAAGUAAAAACAUAAAUCACACUCUAAGAACUCGGUUUGUAUGUGUUUAAGUAAAUAGCAACUGACGCGAGUAAAGGGAAUUGCCCAAAUCUGAAACAGUUUUUAUUUGUGUGUCAGUGUUUUACAAUGUGCAUGUAAAAGUGCAGUGUAUGAAAGCUAUGCCAAUUUACUGAAUGAAUGGCUGAAGGAAAGUGGAUAUAAACUACAAUAACAAGCAUUCCAGUUGUAAUCGCCAUGGAGUUGACGGCCAUGACGUCACAACGGACAAGCUUGUAAGAAUAUAGAACAUUGUAAUUCAUUUUAAAAUGGUAUUCGUAAUCAUAAAUCACAGGAGUGGGGUCUAAAUUUAGUCAUGCAACAAUGUUUUUUCAAAUCAUUUGUCAGUCCUCUUUGCCCUCUUAAAGCAGAAAUCUGUUUUGUUGACCUUAUUAAAAUGUUGAUGAUGAAUAUGGAUUUUGUUUGUAUUCUACGUUAUUCUGGGUUCACCACAACUGUUUGAACAAGUAGGGCAC